UGGAUCAGACCGUGCUGAGCUAGAAGGUCAUGUUCAGAUUUUGAAUUUUAUCCUGAAAUAAAUGGGAAGAACUGGAGGCCUUUGAGGAGGGGAAUGACAUGGUCAUAUGUGCUCACUGAGAAGGUCACUGCACUGCUACAUGGAGAAUGGAUUUUGAAGGUGGAGUAAGAACAGUGUGGAAGACCAAAUAUGAGAUAAACGCAGUGGCUCAGGAAAAUUGCCAAGGAUGCAGAAGGAACUGAAGAUGGUCAAAGACGAAGAUGUGCACUUCAGUUUGGGUGUGAAGAGGGCCCCCUCCUUUCCCCACGGCCUGCAGCCCGUGGUUUCCCGAGGGAAGGCUCCCCCAGGACACCCCUUCCCGGAAGCUCUCCGGGGGCCAUUUUCCCAGUUCCGGUACGAGCCUCCUUCAGGAGAGCUAGACGGCUUCCCAGGGGUCUUUGAAGGAGGAGGGUCUCGCAAACGCAAGAGCAUGCCCACCAAGAUGCCCUAUAACCACCCCGCGGAAGAAGCGGCUCUCGCCCUGCACCCCGAGGAGAGCAAGAACCCGGGGGCCCCGGACCUGCCCCUGCUCUUCCCGCCGCCGCCGCCGCCGCCGCGGCCCAAGUACGAGUCGCGGAUGAUCGACCUGUGCAACGUGGGCUUCCAGUUCUACCGCAGCCUGGAGCACCUGGGCGGCAAGGCCGUCAAGCAGGAGCCCGUGAAGCCCAGCGCCGUGUGGCCCGCGCCCGCGGCCCCUCCGUUCCUGCCCGCGCCCUACCCCUACUACCCCAAGGUGGCCCCGGGCCUCGUGUUCCCCUUCUUCGUGCCCUCGGCCUCGCCCUUCCCCUUCAGCCGGCACACUUUCCUGCCCAAGCGGCCGCCGGAGCCGCCGCUGCCCCGCAAAGCCGAGCCGCCAGAGAGCGAGGAGACCAAGCAGAAGGUGGAGCGGGUGGACGUGAACGUGCAGAUCGACGACAGCUACUACGUGGACGUGGGCGGCGCGCAGAAGCGCUGGCAGUGCCCCACGUGCGAGAAGUCCUACACCUCCAAGUACAACCUGGUGACCCACAUCCUGGGCCACAGCGGCAUCAAGCCGCACGCCUGCAGCCGCUGCGGGAAGCUCUUCAAGCAGCUGAGCCACCUGCACACCCACAUGCUGACGCACCAGGGCACCCGGCCCCACAAGUGCCAGGUGUGCCACAAGGCCUUCACGCAGACCAGCCACCUGAAGCGCCACAUGAUGCAGCACAGCGAGGUGAAGCCGCACAACUGCCGCGUGUGUGGUCGCGGCUUCGCCUACCCCAGCGAGCUCAAGGCCCACGAGGCCAAGCACGCCAGCGGGCGGGAAAACAUCUGCGUGGAGUGCGGCCUCGACUUCCCCACCCUGGCCCAGCUGAAGCGGCACCUCACCACGCACCGGGGCCCCAUCCAGUACAACUGCUCCGAGUGCGACAAGACCUUCCAGUACCCCAGCCAGCUGCAGAACCACAUGAUGAAGCACAAGGACAUCCGGCCCUACAUCUGCUCCGAGUGUGGCAUGGAAUUCGUGCAGCCGCACCACCUCAAGCAGCACUCCCUCACCCACAAGGGCGUGAAGGAGCACAAAUGUGGGAUCUGCGGGCGGGAGUUCACGCUGCUGGCCAACAUGAAGAGACACGUGCUGAUCCACACCAACAUCCGCGCUUACCAGUGUCACCUCUGCUACAAGAGCUUUGUGCAGAAACAGACCCUCAAGGCGCACAUGAUCGUCCACUCGGACGUGAAGCCCUUCAAGUGCAAGCUUUGUGGGAAGGAAUUCAACCGGAUGCACAACCUCAUGGGCCACAUGCACCUGCACUCCGACAGCAAACCCUUCAAGUGCCUCUACUGCCCCAGCAAGUUCACCCUGAAGGGGAACCUGACGCGCCACAUGAAAGUGAAGCACGGGGUCAUGGAGCGGGGCCUCCACUCUCAAGGUUUUGGAAGGGGGAGAAUUGCGCUGGCGCCGACGGCGGGGGGCCUGCGGAGCCUGGAGCAGGAGGAGCCCUUCGACCUGUCCCAGAAGCGCCGGGCCAAGGGGCCAGCCUUCCAGUCGGACGGGGAGAGCGCCCGGGGCAGCUCCUGCCACGAGGAGGAGGACGAGGACAAUUGCUACGAGGUGGAGCCAGACAGCCCGGGCCUCGGGCCCCGUGGCCCGCCGCUCUGCGCGCCCCAGGACCUGUCUGCCAAGCCCGAGCUGGGCCCCGGGGAGGAGGCGCCCGCCGAGGAGGCCUCGCCUCCGGGGGCCCGCCCGCUGAAGAGCCGCGACAGCCUGGGGCCCGAGGGCAGCCCCGAGCGAGAGCUCGCCCGCAGGGAUGAGCGGCCUGGCCUCAGGGUCCUGCCGAGCACCCGGCGGGGCCCAGCCUUUUCUGAUUACUUGUACUUCAAGCACAGGGAUGAGAGUUUAAAAGAAUUACUGGAGAGGAAAAUGGAAAAACAAGCAGUGCUUUUGGGGAUCUAAGUGGACGGUUUAGGAAUUACACUUGGAAAAUGAGAACUAGGCAGUGCAAAUACAGCUUUCCGCAUGAACUCUCAUUUGCUGGAGACGAGAAGGGCACGAAUCUUGACAAAGGGCGCAGACUAAAUGAACAGAGAAGCAAAUGCUUCUCAGGUCUUGCAUUUGGGCCCUUAAUGUCUAACACACAUGGAGGCCUUCUUCAAUGUUGUUUCAUGGAUCUCCAGUACAAUUAACUGUACAUACUCUUCUGGACAUCUAACUGUAAGCUGAUGCUGAGGUGCUUUUAGAAAUUCUACUUUCCAUUGACUAACAUGGUUGAUUUCUUUCUAGUUGCAAAAAUAUGGUGCUUCACAUGUUCCUUUAUUAAUGACUCUUUAGUUGAAUUUGUGAAAGUUAUAUUUUUCCAGAUAGAUGAAAAUAGUAGUAGUGGUAUAUAUUUUUAAAAUCACUUUAUUAAAUAAUCAAAAAAUAGCAGAAAUGACAGAGGAGGGUGAGUUUUUAUUUUUAUUUUUUUUACAUUUUUUUUCCCAUUUAUUUGAGGGUGAGUUUUUAUUUUUAUUUUUUUUACAUUUCUUUUUUUUUUUUUCCCAUUUAUUUGAGGGUGAGUUUUUAAAGAGGAUGUUCUUGAGUAGUUGCUGCAAAUAUAAAAUUUCAAGAGAAAGUGAUUAAUUUUGAUUAAGGAAAAUCCAGCAGGACUUAGAUUCCUGCCUGGGUCUGCCUUGUUCAGCUUCCGCUCCCUUCAUCAGAUGUGGCAUUGGAGCAUGUUUGCAGAUGGCCCAGCAGUGCUGAGUGUCUGCAGGCUAACCCUGAGUCCUGAGCAGGGCUCCCUCCUGGAGACCUUGCUCCAAGGCCUCAUGCCCUGUAAAGCAGCUGCAGGAAGAGUUGGCACCCUGUGAGCAGUGGAUUUCUCAUUAGUACUGGAGCUGCAGCGUGGCGGGGGGUGGGGAAUUCUCCCUGAGAUUGAAGCUCUAACUUAUCUAGAGUAUUGGAAUAACCAUCACUAGGAAAGCAGCUGCGGAGCUGUGUUCCCAGUGCUGCCUGCCCACUAGAGUCAGCUCAGUAGAGUAGUGUCAGCUGCUCAGUCGUGUCCAACUCUUUGUGACCCCACGGACUGUAGCCAGCCAGGCUCCCCUGUCCCUGGGAUUCUCCAGGCAAGAAUACUGGUGUGGGUUGCCAUUUUCUUCUCCAGAGGAUCUUCCCCACCCAGGAAUCAAACCCACGUCUCCUGCAUUGCAGGCGUAUUCUUUACCAUCUGAGCUAUAGGGAAGUCCCAGAAUCAUCUCAGGGAGCCUUUUAAAAAAAUACUAAUGCUGGGGCCCUGAGCCUCUGAGCCCCUGAUUUAAUUGGUCUAGAGUGGAGCUCUGGCAUUGGUUAUUUUCCAAAUUGCCCCAGAUGACUCUUAUGUGUAGCGAGAGUUGAGAAAGAUCAACUAGGAUAAAAUAGUGGCUCCCAAGACCCCCUUGCAAGGAUUCCAUAAAUAUUUCUGCUUCUGGCUUUAUUCAUUGAAAGCAGGAGACCUUGAGAUCAUUCUGCUGGCUUCGGCCUUCUUACCUGUUCUGUCAGAGCCUCACGAGAGGAGACACACACACACGCUGUAUAAACACACAGUUUUUUUUACUAGGAGAUGAUGCCUGUGAUGUUUAUGAUCACUUAAUAUGUUUAAAAAUACAUAGUCAGCCUACAGUGACUAAUUAUUUCUUCCUAGAUUCAUGAAUCAUGAUUCCAGUGAGUGGUGGUGACUGUGAAGUGUGGUUUGAGCCCAGCAGGUGGGCUUUCCUUAGGCACUGGAUUCUGACAAAUAAAGCAGUGCUGACAAGAUGUCACAUACAUGUGACUGCCCAUAAGCAGUGACCCUCUGGUACUGUGUCUGUGUUUAUGUAAAAACUGUUUCUUGGUAGUUUCAACUCUUAUUUGUAGAGCUAGGUACUGUUUAUUAUUUGCUUCUUCUCCUCCCAAAAUUCCCAGUACAUUUCAUUAGACAAUCUGACCCGUCUCUGACUGUGGGAUGCCGUUUUUUUUCUCUUGGUCGAGGUGCUUCCCCAUCAGCCUCAUCUAGUUCUCAUCAGUCACGCAUGCACUUUGUCAAUCCCUGAGGCAGUUCCUCCUGCCACUUUGCUUAGGGUUCCUUCCUCCAGCAUUACCACCACAACUUGCCAAAGCUGCUUGAGUUCCCUGCAGCCGUCCUCGUCUCAGGGUCAGAGCACCUGCAAAGGGGGUGGUAAAGGGAGGAGCAUGGGUUUCUGCCGUCACCAGAGCAACUCCGAGUCAAGAACCCAUCCAGAGGAUCCAAACCUGUCCUUCCAAGGGGCUAUUUGCUUUCCAUUCAUCAUUUUUAAUAUAGCUCAUCAGUGCCUCCAGUGACAUCACUGGGAGGCUGGCAAAGUGGUCUCUGAAGCCUCCAGCUCUCAGGGGCCUGUUACAUAUUCAUUCUUUCAGCAGCCAGGUGUUGAGCACCUGCCAUAAAGCCUGCAGAUUUCAGUUUGUUCUGAGUGUGCCAAACUAGAAUAGGAACUAGGAGAUCUUGAAUAGCAAGUUAUAGACUUUUCUACCCAAAAAGAGUCAGGUGGGAGUGUUUGAGGAACAAGUUAAUGUUGAGAUGGAAAGAGCAUGGUCCAGAAUGGUGGUUUCCACAUUGUGUGUUGAGAAGCAAGAGGUCCUCUUAGGCCUUCUAGAGCUGCUAGAGGAGGAGAAAUUCUCAGCCUUCAUCCCCACUUCACUCAGAGCAGCUCCAAUUCCAUCUGUUUUAUUUGUUAGACUUCCAAGUAAAAUUUCAUUUGGAGGAAGAAAAAGGUCUAGGAAAAGUAAUAAAAAAAAAAUUGUUAUGGAAUGUAUUCUCAAGCCUGUUUUUCAUUCUUGACUCUGAGAGACUAUAAGAGACUUAGAUAUAAUUAGAUAUUACCUGCUGAUUAAUACGCCCUGACCUUCCAAGAACCAAGUCUAAAACCUUGGUUUUGUAUGUGACCAACAUCCUGAUUUGCCUGGAACAACCCAGGUUUAUACCUCUUGUUCCCACAUAGUCACUAAGAGUGUCACCUUAACUCUCAAAAAUGUUCCAGUUUGGGUGAUGAAUUAUAUGGGCACCCUAUGCAUAAGUACAGAGUACAGAGCUAAGGGAAGGGAUGUCCAGCCUUGCCUAGAGCUGUUAAUAAUGAGCCAGAACGCAAGCCUGAAAGAGAAGCCAUAAGGCCUUUCUCAGAGAACUAAGGGAUGAAACCAAGGUCAUCAGCGCUUCCCGGGCCAGGAUAGCAUGACAUUGAUCACAUUGUGACACUAUGGAAGUAGGUCACUACCCGAUGCUUUCCAGGCUUUUGACUGCUGUCUUUGAACCAACCAACUGACCCAUCCAAGUGGCAUAUUUUCUGUUGAUCUUUUUAUUCUAGCCUAUGAUUGCCCCCUUUUGUUGCCUUUCAAUUCAUUCUCUCUUUUUAAAAAUUUGUCUUCCCACUGGCCAUGAGACUAAGGCUGACCUUCCAUGAUCUCACAAGGGUAUCCGGUAUAUUUGUAUAUGAGUAGUUGCGUGAGACAGCCCAGUGUGCACACUGUAUUUAUUAAGCCCUGAAGGCAUUUAAUAAAAUAUUAACAUCGUGUUUUGAAUUAUGAUCUUUGUCUGCUUUGCUGGAACAAAAUGUAACAGAACUAACAUUUAAAAUCCUUCACAUAUUUGGACAAUAUUACACCAAAUGUUGAUUUUGUACAGAAUUCUGGCUUGCUAUUUAAAACUAAAACUUGAAGUAUGUAACAACCCAAGUUGUGAAUAUUGCUUUCUGCUUCAGUGAAAAAGCAGUUUACCUGAAAAUAGCAUGUAACCUGUAUUUUGUUAAUUUAAGCAAAUAAAGACAUGUUGGAAAAAAAA